GGGGGAGCUGAGAGGAUGGCAGACAGUGUGUACCGGACCCGCUCCUUGGGCGUGGCGGCCGAGGGGCUCCCAGACCAGUACGCCGACGGGGAGGCAGCGCGGGUCUGGCAGCUGUACAUAGGGGACACCCGAAGUCGUACUGCUGAGUACAAGGCCUGGCUCCUGGGGCUGCUGCACCAGCACGGCUGCCAGCAUGUGCUUGACGUGGCUUGUGGCACUGGGGUGGACUCCAUCAUGCUGGUGGAAGAGGGCUUCAAAGUGACCAGUGUGGACGCCAGUGACAAGAUGCUCAAGUACGCCCUGAAAGAACGAUGGAACCGUCGUCAUGAGGAAGCUUUUGACAAGUGGGUCAUUGAGGAGGCCAACUGGCUGACCCUGGACAAGGAUGUGCCCCUGCCCGCAGCAGGGGGCUUUGAUGCUGUUAUCUGCCUAGGUAACAGUUUUGCUCACUUGCCAGACUGCAAAGGCGACCAGAGCGAGCAUAAAUUGGCCCUGAAGAACAUUGCGGGCAUGGUGCGGCCUGGAGGCUUACUGGUUAUUGAUCAUCGAAACUAUGAUCACAUUCUCAGUACUGGCUGUGCCCCACCUGGCAAGAACAUCUACUAUAAGAGUGACCUAACUAAGGACAUCACUACAUCAGUGCUGACUGUGAACAACAAGGCUCACAUGGUAACCCUGGAUUACACUGUCCAAGUACCUGGUGCUGGGCAGGAUGGCAGCCUUGGCUUGAGUAAAUUCCGUCUCUCGUACUACCCUCACUGCCUGACACCCUUCACAGAGCUUCUUCGGGAAGCCUUCCAAGGGCGGUGCCAGCACAGUGUCCUUGGAGACUUCAAACCUUACAAGCCUGGCCAAACCUCUGCACCCUGCUAUUUUAUCCACGUGCUCAAGAAGACUGGCUGAACCACCAUGAAAGCACUUCAUAAACCCAACACAACACUUCUAAUAAACAAGAUUAACCUACAA